AUGUAUCAAUGGCCUGGGAAGAAUCCGGCUCAGGAAGUAAGAACACACUUCUCUAUUACAAAAACCGAGACGAAGAAACCUUCUAAUAGCGCUGCAGUAUCGGUUCCCAGCCAAGGAGGGCAGCCUUCUUCAGAAUCGGGAAUAUCCCAAGGCGGCGCAGAAUUGGAUUCACCUCCAGAGCAGGGCUCACCCACAAACGGUGGAUCAUCAGAAUCUGUCCCAGGACAAGGCUCACCUCAAAUCGACGCACGAGCAGACCCUUCAUCUCCAGCAAACCCAACCGGAAAACCAACAAAUCUACCUCCAGUAAAUCCAACAGGAAAACCAACAAACCUGCCUCCGGUAAACCCAACUGGAAAACCAACAGAACUGCCGCCAGUAAACCCAACUGGAGAACCAUCAAACCCUGCUACAGGUCAGGGUAUAGCCCAGGACAUCUGGGUGAGGCAGCCACAAUCAGGCCACGCAUCUGUCUCCCCGCAGCCCAGUAUCGGAUACAUCCCGCAGCCGAGUAUAUACCAAUCAGUAGCCUACCCACAAAGCAGCUAUUCACCUGUGCCGCAGCCAAGCACAUAUCAGUCAACCGCUGUUCCAGAGAGUAGCUACGUGUACGUACCGCAGCCAAGCGCACAGCAGUCAGUUACCAUUCCGGAGAGCAGCUAUGUGUAUGCCCGGCAGGCAAGUACUCUCCAAACAGUUGCCGUUCCUACCAGUAGCAUUGUCGAUUUUCCGCAGCCGACCACCUCCCAGACGGUCCAAACCUCCCAAACGGCCCAGACCUCCCAAACGGCUCCCGUCCCUACGAGCAGCUACGUCUACUCUUGGCAGCCAAGCACAUUUCAAACAGUCGCCGUUCCUACGAGUAGCCUCGUAGAUGCCCCGCAGCCGACUUUGUCCCAAACUGCCUCCGCCCUUGAGAGCAGCUCCUUCAGUGUUCUGGAGCCACGUGCAGUCCAAACACCCGUCACCCCGGUAUGGUACGAAACACCAACGCCUUUUGCCCCAGGACCGUACGAAACGCCUGUCACUCCAGUACCAUACGUCACACCUGUCGCCCCAGAACCAUACGAAACCCCCGUUACCCCAGGCUGGUACAAGACACCCGCCGUCCCAGAAUGGAAUGCUACACCGACUCCGUUCCCUUACGUGGUUUAA